AUGUCUCUUGUCGCCGAUCAGGUGCGUCGUCGGGACGCCUACCUCGACCGCCUUCCCAUAUUCCGCCCCCAAAGCUGGUCUGAGGAGGGAAGCGCCGACGUCGAUGAGCACGGCUUCACUACCGUUGCUGCCGCCGAUGCUCUAGUCACGCCGAGGGUAGACCAUCUUCUGCGGAUAAUCCAAUCGCUGAGUACGACGUCGACGCAGCCGCUUCUCUCGGCACAACGAGUGCGAGACCUCCUCCUCCAGUCCGGCAUACCCUCGGAGCAUCUCCAUGCAAAGGGGGACAAGGACGCAGCACAGCGCCAAGUAGAUGCCAGAACCUUUUACGAAAACGAAAUAAAGUGGUUGCUCGUCACAAAGGCCACCGUCCACCUGUACGGUGUCGUUCUCAACAGCCUCCUCGACCGAAUCAUCCCGCUGAGCGACGACAUAUGGUACUGGUCCGAAGUGUUGAGCUCGCAUACCUACAGCAGCCUCUACGCCGCGCAGACGUCGCCGCUGCGAUUCUGGGCUUGGUCCCAAGAUGUGUACCGCUCGACGAGGACCCGGAUGCGGUCCGUCGACUUGCGCAGCGCUCCAUCCGACCUCGUCGACUCCACAGCCACGGGCUUGACGCAGCAAUGGAGCAGGUUCUACGGCAUCGUGCGUGACAGCAUCCGAGAACGGUCCCUGGCCAACAUCCAGCGCAGGGUGCUGUCCCCGGUCGCCUUCUGCCGGUCCGAGGCGCGUCGUAAGCAGGGGCAGCUGAGAAAGCUGAAGGAGAUGACGGCGAGCGGCCUCGGCGUUCUCAUGUACGAAGGUCUCCAGUUCGGCCAGGAGAGUGAAAAGGCCGAGGCAGGCGACCCGGGAGACCUGAAGAGCACGGUGGAGCGGAGCAUCGCCCUCAUGAACGUGGUCCUCUGGGAGGUGUGCAACUUACGCUCGGACAUGGACGAAUUCGAAGACAAAGUCUUCACGGGCGUUGCGGAGGACCCCGCCGUGUCGGGUCACAUGUUCGAGACGACGGCGAUGGAUCGGCCGGCGAUUUUGGCCCGCCGGCUGCUGGCGUUGAUCGACAAGGCGCUGCCGCAACACGCGGCGGCGAUGCAGUCCUUGACGCGAGCCAACGGGCGCCCCCCGGUCGCCGUUCGGUACUGGCUGCCUGCCGUCGUCGGUCUUCUCUCGUCGACGACGGUGCUGCGGGUGCUGGUGAAUCGCAAGGCCGACAUCGUCGACUGGAUCGCCGAUUUCGGCCAGACGGUCCGAGACUUUUGGUUCAACUGGAUCGUGCUGCCAGUGCAGAAGGUGAUCAAGACGAUCCGUCACGACGAGGCGAGCGAGAUUGCCAUCAUGAGCCGCGACAGUCUCCGGGCCGAUCGCGAGAGCUUGGAGCGGAUGGUGGUGGACUUUGCCAUGGACAAGCCGCACUUUGCCGACGGGAGUUCGUCCCUCUCGGCCGCCCAGGUGGCGGCGAUCCGCGCCAAGGUGGCCGAGGGCGACGUGACGCCGGUGCUGCGGGCGUUCGAGAAGGACCUGAAGAGCCCGCUCGUGGGUGCCGUCCGCGGCGACCUCGUACGGUCGCUCCUCAUCCAGGUGCAGAAGACCAAGGUGGAUUUGGAAGUGGCCAUGACGGGCAUCGACUCGCUCCUGAAAAGCCAGGAGCUCGUCUUCGGCUUCGUCGGCCUCACGCCGGGCGUCUUGGUCUCCAUCGGCGUUCUGCGGUACCUCGGCAGCCUGUUGGGCGGUCGUUCGGGACAGCGACGGACAUCGACGGCCGGUCGAGCGGUCCGCAUACUACGCAACGUCGACCGCAUCCUGUCGGAGGCGAGGCCGGCGCAGGGAAACGUCUUGCCGUACAAGGACCACGGCUUGCUGCUCUUCGAGGUGCACGUGCUGAGGGAGGUGGUGGGCAAGCUGAUGCCGCGCGACAUUCGACGGGACUUUCUGGACGACCUCGAUGACCUCGCCAACAUGAAGGGGAUCCUGGUGCAGUCGAAGGCGCUGGAGAGGAUCCGGUGGGCGUACGCCCGGUGGCUGAACUAG